UCUUUAUCAUGCUUUUCGCGACCCUGCCUCUCCGUUCUGCGCUCAAGGACACGAACUCACGACAUGAAAUGCUUGCAUCAUAAAGUUCAUACCAAGUUCACGCUCACCUUCGACUACCUUGGGAUCGUAUAAAGCUCGCCAAGACAUCUAUUAUCCACGACACGCCCAGCCAUGUCUGCUGACGACACGUCCUCUGAAGCAUCGCUUCCAACCUUUGCCAGCCUCGGCGCGACUCCACCCGAGAACCCCAAUGCGCAAGCGAUCGCACGCGAGUGGGUUAGCGCCGUCGCGCUGCUCGUCGCUCACAACGACAUCCCCGAGCUCGUCUCGUCUUUUCUUCACCCGACACCUUGGUGGCGCGACGUCUUCGCCCUCACUUGGGACCUCCGCACCUUCCACGGCCGCGCGCAAGUGCAGACCUUCCUCACGGACCGCCUCACGGAGAGCGGCUUCGGCGCUUUGGCGUACACAAAGGCGUUCUACCAGCGCGUCUUCCCCGACGUCGCAUGGAUCCUCGUGCACUUCUCCUUCGCGACGCGCGUCGCGACCGGCCGGGGUACGGCGCGUCUCGUGUUCUGCGCGGACGGCCUCUGGCGUGCCCUCGUCGUGUCGACACACCUCGACGGGCUCAAGGGCUACCCCGAGCGGCUGACCAACGCGGACCGCGACUUCCGCAUGGACCAGGUCAGCUGGACCGUCCGCAGGGAGCGUGAGCGUGAAUUCGUCGACGGCGACCCGGAGGUUCUCGUCAUCGGCGCUGGCCAUGCCGGCCUCGAUGUUGCGGCGCGCCUGAAGCACUUUGGCAUCAGCCAUCUUGUCGUCGAGAAGCAUGCGCGUGUCGGCGACAACUGGAGGACUCGUUACGAUGCCUUAACGCUCCAUGAUCCGAUAUGGGCCAAUAACCUGCCGUACAUCCCGUUCCCUCAAUCCUGGCCAACCUUCCCUUCUUCCAAACAGAUCGCAAAUUGGCUCGAGCUCUACGUUGAGGCGCUCGAACUAAACGUCUGGCUCUCGUCAGAGGCUGUCCAUGCGGCCCGUAACGCGCAGACAAACAAGUGGGACGUUGUUGUUCGACGCGCGGACGGCACAGAGCGAAUCCUGCAUGUCGACCACGUCGUGCUCGGGCAGGGGUUCACGUUCAAGAAGACAGUGUUCCCCGGGCAGGAGAGCUUCCAGGGACAGCUCAUGCAUUCAACAGAGUUCAAGUCUGCGCAAGGUCUCAGCGGUAAGAGAGUCGUUGUCAUCGGAGCUUGUACAUCAGCGCACGACAUCUCCUCGGACUGUGCAGAUAAUGACGCCGACGUGACGAUGGUCCAACGCAGCUCGACGUAUGUCUUAUCCAUCAACCCCGGACUCCUCUCCCUCAUGCCAGCGUCAGAUUGGGAGCAGAACCCGCACGACGACAUUGAUUUAAACUCGCACUCGCUUCCUUUUAAGUUCCAGUGGCCGAUGGCAGAGCGUGCUGCGGCGCACGUCCGCGCCCUCGACAGGGAUAUCCUCGACGGCCUCGUGCGUGCCGGGUACACACUGCGCAACGGCGGCGAGCACGAUUAUGGGGUCUACCACCUCUUCAUCACGCGCGGCGGGGGGUACUAUAUCGAUAAUGGCGCGUGCCGCAAGAUAAUCGACGGCAAGAUAAAGGUCAAGUCCGGUGUCGAAGUCGAGAGGAUCACGCCGAGCGGCGUUGUGUUCACGGAAGGGACCGAGCUGCCGGCAGAUAUCAUCGUCGUGGCUACAGGCUUCGACGACGUGCGCGUGCCAAUCCGCAACCUGCUCGGUGAGCCCGCCGGCGCGGCGGUUCCGCCCCUGUGGGGCCUGAACGCCGAGGGCGAGCUCAAGGGCCCCUGGCGCGAGCUCCAAAAUCUGCCGAACAUGUGGCUCAUGAUGGGCAACUUCGGAUGGUGCCGAUACUUCUCGAAGAUCUUGGCGCUGCAGAUCAAGGCGAAGCAAGAAGGGCUCUACGGGACGCGUUAUGCAGCUCCGGCGGAGCGUUGAUUCCUGUGUGCACGGUUGUAGAGGUACACCAAUGAUAUCGGCGCCGGGGCGCUCGAAGCUGUUCGUGGCACAACCUUGCCCGCUCUUCGCGGCCUGUUUGGACAAUGCUUUUGAACACAACCUGAAAAGAGCAAAGCAAGGUCAUUCAGAAGCGCCCCUUGUGCGCGCCAUAUGCGUACCACCGCGAUGGAAAUAAACCUGAAGGGCCAAGACAGACAAAAUCAGAGUUAACGGAAGGAUGUCGGACAUCUGGUGCGUCUGACACGUCUAUGUAAGGCACACGAGUACGAGGUUCUGUGCCGCACUGUCGUUGCGCCACUAAGAAUGCGUCGUAUCAUUUACAGCAGCAAGUAAUAAGUAAAAUGCUAAGAAGAAUACAGACAACGCAGCCAAGACCGGAACUGGUAUUAAAUACGAGAGCUGGAGCGUAAUACAAUAGAGGCGGCUGUUCGGUUCGACGCCUACGCUGGACAGCACCAAAAUUAGUGGUCACUGCCAGCUAUACGUUCACUCUUCGUCAUCAUUUUCAUCUUCAACCUGCUCUGACCAGCCAUGGUCCAGAGGCUCCCCAAUAUUCCCGAGGAGAUUGGAGGGCACUCUAAAGCUCAUAGUGGCGCGGGAGGCGUGCUGCGCGUCCGAGCUGUUUUCACCGGCCUGAGCGUUGUAGUCGAGCUGGCGGAGGUUGAGAAUGAAGCGUUGCACCAACAAAGGAGGCUGUAAACAGCGACGCCUAGUCAGUGAUAUUCUUGUCAUCUGGAUAUAUGAAACUAUUACUAAGUACUGGACAAAACCAGUCGCAUAAGUGCCCUGUUGUUAUAGGAUCAGAAUAUUUCGGCAGGAGUAUCUGGAUAAUUACAUCGUUAACAAGACUAGUUGAGUAGGUCAGGAGUUGCAGGAUGCUCAUGCCUAGAAGCGCACUCAGAGUUCAUGUGUCAGAUGGGGUUGUUGGAAUACCGUACAAGCCAAUAACUCACAGAAAGUAAAGGGUACCUAACCAGUAUUUCAUUAGCCGCGUCGUAUAUGAGCGAAUGGAAGUGGGCGGGGCGCAUACCGUCUCUGAGGAGCACAGCAGAAAUUGACGAUGUGAGCUUGAGUCGGGACAUCUCUCGCCAGUGUGCAAACGACUUGAUCCAUGUCAGCACGAGAACGAUGGCGUCGGAGGCAAUUACACUGCAUCUUGUAAGAUAGAGAGCUGAGGGUAUGUUCAUAACGAGGUAAGAACAUAAAACGAAGCGUGACAAACAUACUCCUAGAC